AUGAAAAAAAGAGGUCGAACACACGUCUUUUGGCGCGUAGUAACCAACCCCAUUUGGCUUGGUGUGACAGCCACCACGGUGACCGAGAACACCAUCGUCUCGGCCUACCUCACCUACGCCGCCAAGUACCUACAGGCCCAGUUUCGCACACCUGCUCAUCUCGCCAGCAUUCAUACAGUCCCUUCGCCUCCCUCCACACCACCACCACCACCACCACCACCACCACCACCUCUCCCUUCCAAUCAUUCAUCGUACCCACCUUCCGCCUUUCUUCUAAUAACAACCAUCUCCUCACGCCACACUGCUCCGCCCACCACCGCACUUUAUUCACUCUCUCAACAGCAUUACCGACGAGACAAAGUCGCUGGUCGAUGUUGCCACAACUAUCGAACCUUCCUACGAUUAUUUACUUCGCAAGGCGGUUGUGCCGUGGUCGUGCCUAGUGCUGUUUUGGGCGUCCUAACAGGUGCCCUUUUGAUGCGUCACUUUCGUCCCUCCAUCACACGCACUCUCCUCUCCUCUCUGGUGCCCCUAUUCGCAACUUUGGCGACUGUGCUCGUACUUAUGCUGGGACUCAACUGUUCGGCCAAUCAAAUGGCCGGAGUGACUGCCACGUACGAUGGAAUUUCGUGA